UACAUGACCUGUUAUAGAGAGAGAUUGAUAUGAAGACCAAGAAUCAACCAGAUAUUGCCAAAAAAGGAGCCAAAGAAGUAAAUGAUUUAUUUUCGGAGAUAUUUGGAAAAGAAAAACAUGGUCGUGUGCGUGGUCUUGGUUUGGGCCCUGCUCCUACUCAUAUUUGGACCGACGCACCUUCACCUGCAACAUGUAUAAGAAUGGCAACUGAGGCUAGAAAGAAAGCAGAGGAGGAAACAAAAGAGAUGAAGGAAAGAAUGAUGGUUAUGGAGACCCAGUUGGCUGAAAUGAAAGCGAUGAUGACAACUAUGUUGCAACAUAAGUCUACUGAUUUCCACCAUUCUAAUUAUACACCUACUAAUCCAAUGGAUGGUCGACAGAAUAUUGUUGAUGCGAAUAAUCCUAAAGAUGCAUUGGAGAGAGAAGCACGAUCGUCAUCAUCCAGCCAUGAGUUUCAGUCUUAUCAGGUCCAUCAAGCAAAGAAAAAAAGAGUGCGAUAUGAACCUGAAACUGAGGGUGCACAAGAAGUGCUCUUAAUGUCUGUUGGACAACCUCAUCGUCCCGUUGCACGAGGACUUCUGUUUAGCAAAGAUCCUUCUACUAUCGUAGGAGGCGACAAAUUAGGUCAACAAUAUUGGGAGAUUUAUAUUGAGGUAGUAAUGAUACCUACAGAAAGUUUGAUUAGGAGUUAUCAUGGUAUGACGAGGAGUUAUCAUGGUAUGACGAAGAUACGUGAUGCUGCAAGAAAAUCUAUUGCUUGGCCAUCCUAUCUUGUUAAGCCAGUGAAAAGGUGAAGACAGCUAUCCGGGGAUCUGGGUAAGACGGAGGUGGAGCACUAUGAGAUUCGAGAAGUUUUGCGAUGUUGCUAAGGACCCAUCUGGCAAAGAUAUCAAUGCUCUUAAGCAGCACAUAAAGAACCUCCUCAUCCAGCCCCGUCCACGCCUCACUUCAACAUUUUGUAUGAUCC